UAAAAUAAAAAUAAUAAGCGUUUAUGUUUUAGAUCACACGGCCGAGUUUGGCAUUUCCGCGCCAAAUAAUUUACUUUUGGCAUUAAAAUUACAAAAAGCGAAGAUGCAAAAGUGUCCAACUUGUCCUAAAUGUUCUGGACAAUUUAUUGCGAAAGACAGUGGUAGGUUGCACAAGAGGCCUUUGGUAUUGAAUUGUGGACAUACAUAUUGCGAGUCAUGUCUGCUUCAGCUAGCCAGGGAGAAAAAAACUAGCAUUACCUGUCCAGCAUGCAAGGAAGAAACUGGCCUGGCAUCAGGGGAGAGUAGCGUGAAGCUAUUAUGUCCUGACAGAUAUAUUAUGGGUACAGUAAUACACAGUCAGAAGAUGAUACUACAGCAAGAAUUGAUGAAACUGAAAGAAGCCAGUGAGAUAGCAGGGACAAGACGACAUUUGUCAGCAGGUUGUUCAGAUAGUUCACUUUUGUUCAAUGAAGUUGAUCCAGGUAAAUUAUGCAAGGAGUGCAACAAAAGAAAUGAAACAAGUCACUGUGCUAAAUGUGAUUGCAACAUGUGUGCAGUCUGCUUUCAAAGGGUGCACAGUCUGUCACGGAGUUUACAGCUACACACUCCAAUACCUUUAACUGAAGAAGGGCAGUUAGAAGUUUCUCAUAUGUGUAAGGAACAUGAAAAUAGACCAAUAGAAUAUUACUGUGAUGAUGAUGAUAUGAUUAUCUGCUCACGAUGUGUCAUUGUUGGUAAUCAUAAAGGACAUAAUAUUUCAUCUAUAGAGGAUAAGAACCGGAGUAUAGUGAAUGAGAUGGAACCAAACUUGGAAGCUGCCAACCAUGUUCUAAAAAGACUGAAGAAAGUGGACAAGGAACUACCAUUGCUUGUGCCUGACUACAAGAAAGACAUGUUCAGCGUGAUGGAGGAUAUUCAAGCUCAUUUCCAGCAUCUUCAUGGUGUUUUACAAGUCCGGGAACACAUACUAGAGCAACAGGUUCUACAUGUGGUCAGAGAUGGGCUCAAACCACUAGAGAAAUUGAGAGAGGAUUUACAUAAUGAAUGUAAAGAGCUGGAUCGGACAAUAAAAGCUGCACACCGUAUAAUGAACAAUAAUGACGAGAUUAUAGUCAAUGCUAAGGAGAUACUGGACAAACUGUCACACUCUAAAGAUAUCCCCUGUAUUAUAGAACUGUGUGAACAAACAGAAUCUUCAGAAAAAAUUGGGUUUGUGGCAGGGCCUUCAAUAGAUAAAAUACUUCAGGAUUAUGGAGCAGUGAUUGGGUCUGUGCCACAAAGGUUUGCAAUGCAUACACUACGAGAACAACCAGAAAAAUUCUCUGAGGAUACAGAAAGUCGUGUGACCACUCCUGCAAAUUCAGAUUAUAACAGUGUCACAUCAGAGACUACAUCACAAGGGGAUGAUGUAAUCAUUGAAGAAGAGCAAGAGAUUUUGUUAGACGGAGCAGGGGACAAGAUUGUUGAGUCUGUUAAAACGUCAAAACCUGUGAAAAAAUCUCUGCCUCAAAAGAGAAAAGUAAAAGGACAGAAUGAGAAUGUACUAGUUACACAUAUUCAAAAUCCAUGUAAGUUUAUGGUACAGUUAAAGAAAGAUAGCUCAAAGCUUGCAGUGAUGUCACAUGGUCUACAACAGUUCUGUAACAGUCCAGCUGCUAAACAACAUAUGGUCACUGGGGUUGAUGUUGAUGAUGUUGUGUUAGCCAAGUAUUCAUUAGAUAACCAAUGGUACAGAGGGCGUAUCAUACAUGUGAUGGAAUCAAUUGACGGGAUAUUUGAGAAUACAAAUGUUGAAAUAUUUUAUAUAGACUAUGGGAACACUGAAGUGGUCAAUGUACAAAGGUUGCGGAACAUGCAGGCCAAGUUCAUGAGGCACCCAGAGUUUUCAUUAGAGUGUUGCCUUUUUAAUGUUACAUCUAAAGUAAAGGAUGGAACCUGGUCGGUUGAAGCUAUCAAUACAUUUGCUAAAAUGGUUGAAAGUAAAGUCAUGAUACUUACUAUUGUGCGUGAAACUAGUAAUGUACUUUAUGUUGACCUGAGUAAACCAGCAGAUGAAGAUAUUUUAGAUGAUCGGCCAAUAUCUGUACGAGAUGCCCUAGUAUUCUUAGAUCUUGCAAGGUUUGAGUCUCCAAGCAGUCUACCAGUACCUGGAGGAGCCCCAGCCCCAAAUAGAAAUUAUCUGAGUCCAUCUCCUAAAGAAGAAGGUCAGACAUAUAUUGUUACUGUAACGUAUGCUGGAACUCCAGAUUGCUUCUAUGUUCAAGAGGAAGGAGAUGAGACAAGUUACCUAGCAACAAUGAUGGCUCAUAUACAAGAUACUUACAACAAACAUAUGAAGGAUACCUGGCACAUAAUCUGUCCUUCAGUUGGAAUGAUUUGUGUGUCACGGUUCAGUGGAGACGGUUUGUGGUACCGAGCUAAGGUUGUACAUUUACCUGGCCAUCAAGAGGUUGUUGUACAGUAUGUUGACUAUGGUAACACUGAGACUGUUAAUGUGUUUAACUUGAGGAAGAUAAUUGAUUCUUUCCUAGUUCUGCCAGUACAGGCCAUUCAGUGUUCUUUGAAAGAUGUCCAGCCACAUAAUAUUGAUGAAGGUUGGACUACAGAGUAUUUACAUUAUUGGUCAGAGAGUGUAACUAUGAAGAAAUUCUUCAUGAAGGUCAUUCAAGCAAAUGUUGACCUUAGUGUUGUGCUUCGUGACCUUGACACGCAAGAUAAUUGUGACACUCUGAAUGUGAAGGUCAUUGAGGAUGGCAUAGCCAGAAGUGUUGGUCAAUGGUCAGAACCGCAGAACAUAACAGAGCUAGCAGAAGAGAUGAGUGAUGUUGUACCAAGACUGUCUUAUCAAGCUGGAGGAGGUUCGUUCCCUGAACCAUGUGAUCUUGGUCAUCAGCCAGUUUAUUGGAAGUCGAGAAAUACGAGACCAUCUAGGAGGUAUGAGGAGAUUGUCCUUACUCCCCCAAGUUCACCCGAGCGUACUGCUACAUCAAAACAAAGUAGCUCUAAACGGAAAUCAACUGAUAAAAGUUUUCAGUCUGAAAAAUCAACUGUUGCUCAGGCAUUGUUACAGAGUAGUUCUUCCAGUCAUAAAGAUGGGCAAACAGAAACUCAAAGAAGUCCUGUCAAGAAAUCAGCAAACUCUUCCCCAUACAAACCAGGUGAAAGCCAGGAAAGAAAGGCAGAGAGUGAUGUUUCAGUUGAACCAAAGGUAUCUCCUAGUAUGAAGAGCAAGAGUGUUGCAGAGAAAGAAACUGGUGGAAAAAGAAGUAACGAGAAAGUAAAGGCAAAGAAGAUAGAGCUUGAGGUGACAGUGUGCCAUUUUGUAUCCCCUUCAGAGUUCUACCUUCAACUUGUAAAAUCCAAGGAUGAGCUGGAUCAAUUGAUGUCAGAUUUGAAUGAUACAUACAGUAACAGUGUGGUGACUGUGGCUAAUUGGUCAGCUGGUAAUUAUUGUGUGGCCUACUCCCCAACAACAUGUAGAUGGUAUCGAGCAAAAAUAACCAAGGUUAUACAGAAAACUCUUGUUGAGGUUCACAUGUUGGAUUAUGGAUUUUUUGAGGUAAUUGCUAUCAGUAAUCUUCGUCCAGUGAUGAAACAGUACAGGAAGAGUCGGGCUUUCAUGUUCCCAUGUCAACUGGCCGGGGUGAUUCCUGCAGGCGGCAUGAAGGAAUGGUCAAAAACUGCGUGUGAGUUUAUGGAAUCAAACAUUGUAAACAAGAAAAUUUUCCUCAAUCAAAGAGGAAAUCCGAUGGAUGGGAAGUUACAGUGUGAUCUCGUGAUUGAGGAGUAUAUUGAUGAGACGGCUCUUGAACCAGGCAGAAAGACGUAUCAUUCUUUAAUUGACAGGAUUAAAGAGAAAGGCCUUGCUAUACCAGUGCCAAAGAAACAUGGUGAAGUGAAUGAGAAACAGACAGUGUUUCCAGUAUGUUACUAUAAAAAGGCAGAGGCUGAAGUUAAAACGGGAGAUAAAGUGAUGCCAGUAUAUGUUGACUAUGAAGGUGUAAUACACUGUUACACCAUGGAAGGAGAUGAUAUAUUUCAAAAUAUGUGUGACAUUUUACACCGGAAGUUUGCUAACAGUGAGCCGUCAGGUCCAGAGCAGACGUACGAGAAGGGUCAAGCGUGCGCUGCAUUCUAUGAGAAAGAUGGACAAUGGCACCGAGCCACUGUACUAGAGACUGAACCCACUAGAGCUAAGAUUCACUUCAUAGACUAUGGAAACAUUGAGUGGGUAGGGUAUGAUAAUUUGCGUGCAGAUGUUCAGGAGUUUACAGACAUUCCACAACAAACCUUCCUGUGCACACUUCAUGAUGUCAGACCUACACAAAGCAAUGAGGAGCAGCCUGGAGCAACGUGCUUGUUCUUCAGUGGCUUUAAAAGGUAUCUUGCUUUGUUUCUCAGUUUAGUCAAAGAUUUUAGAAUUGAUAGGAAAGAAGUGUCACAGUACCCAAGUACCCACAGUCACAGUACCCAAUAA